AUGCGUCUCUCACGCUCUUUGGUACCUUCAUUGGUACUUGCUGUUGCCGGAAUUGUUAACGCUACUUCAUCAUGGAGCUUUGAUGAAGCUAUUGUUUCCGUGAGCGGAAAGGGUGGUGCUGGAGGGUUUAAGGACAAACUAUCAGACCAUGUUCCUCUUGCAAAACCAGUAUCUCUUGGCGCAGCUGAUGCCCUCAAAAUCGUCCUCACGGCUACUGAGGAUCGCACUGCCAAACGACCACAUCAAGCAUUCUUACUUCUCAGGGAUCAAGACACCGGACUUGAAACUGCCUUCCCAUUUUCCGUGAAGGAGUCUGGUAAAGGAAAGGUUGACUUUGCUCAGAAAGAUCUUCCAAUCCAACUUCUCACAAGCUCUAAACCUCUACGUGCCACCCUUGUUCUCGCAUCUUUUGGUAAUGCACAAGCAUUCAGCAACCAUGUUUUUGACCUCGAACUGUCCCACGAUACCAGCAAACCAAUUCCCUCAUAUGAGAAGCCAUUGAGAUAUGGGAAACUACCUGAGAUUCACCAUAUCCUCCGUGCCGAUCCACAGAGUGGGCCUAAGGUUUUCUCCCUCGCCUUCGCAUUCGCAGUUCUAGCUACUAUUCCAGUGUUACUGGGCGCGUGGGCUUACCUUGGAGCCAACCUUUCUCAUCUCUCGAAGGCUACCUCGGCCGCACCAAUUUCGCACGCCCUCUUUUAUGGCUCGAUCAUUGCUAUGGAAGGUAUCUUCUUUUUGUAUUACUCAAGCUGGACCUUAUUCCAGACUUUGCCCGCUGCAGGUGUUGUAGGGCUCAUCGCAUUUUUGAGCGGGAGCAAAGCACUGUCCGAAGUUCAAAGUCGACGAUUGGCAGGAGAGAGAUAG